CGUUAAUGAUGUUCGUAGCAUCGUCCAUAGUAAGCGUAAUCGUCUUAUGAUUAUGGCAGCCCGCCCCCACGCCUAUGCGUCCCCACGCUUUCGGAUUACAGGGCAUUUCGAGCAAGGGACGCGUGCGAUCGACACUCGUUGUUGCACCUUUGCUCUCAGCCCUGGCAUCUCCCAUUGGUUGCCCAGCAUGUGGCAGGUGCUCCGAGGCCUGCAAGGCCUUGUUCCCUAUGCUGGGCAUCGAGUGCGAGGAGAGCCUGACGCAUGGCAUUGGGGCCCACUGGCAGUGGGACCUCAUGAAGGCGAAGUGCGACCCCGACGACCAAGUGCGGCAGCCCAGACCCGUACCUCGUGGCGUCCAGCGGCCAGCUGGCAGCCGAUUCCUCGGCGGUCGCCCUCCUCGCCCUCGCGUCCGUGGCGAUGGCUGCCCUGAGGCCUCUGCCCUCGCCAGCCAGCUGCGGCGCUGGCAGCCCGCGAGGCCUCUGCCCUCGCCAGCCAGCUGCGGCGCUGGCAGCCCGCGAGGCCAGCGUGCUUUCCUGCAUCGCCCAAAGGCCUGAGGCUGCGGCGUGCAUGUAGGAAGCGUGCAUAGAGCAAGGGGCCCCCAUCCUCCGCGGACCUCCAGGCAUCGCGAUGACGAUGAUGUCGUGCUUUGUCGUCUUUCCCAAGGCCCUCGCUUCGGCGCGCCUCCAGUAGUGGAAUUCAUCCGGCGCGGCGCAACCAUGCACGGCCGCAGCCGUGGAGCUCGCGUCACGCGUGCCCUCACC